UACUAUGAGAGCUGUAAUUGGUCACAGUUUGUCACAUGGUACAAGGCUGUUGUGAAUAGCCCUGUACCAUGUGACCUCUGUGAUCAUUCACAGAUUUCACAAGUAGUAAGCAAUGAUGUCAGAAGUGACAUCUUGCUUACUACUAUUUAUCUGAUCACUGAUUGACCAAUCAGUGAUCACAUGAUCGGGACCUCACACAGAUAUUGGUGCCUCAUGCUCCCAGGGAGUGCACACAGGCUGUGAAUGCAGGAGCCAUUUAUAAACGGCAACCCGCUCCUGCUCUGCUCCCUGGCGAUCGGCACAGGCUGUAAAUGCGGGCUCCGUUUAUGAACGCCAACCCGCUCCUGCACUACUCCCAUCCGGCCAUUUAUGUACAUGGGCUGGAUGGGAAGUGGUUAA